AACGCUACAGAGCUGCCCUGGAAAGCUGUCUGAAACACGAUCUCCAGACCUCGACAGCACAAGAACAAGCCUUCAUUUCCACCUGAAACCCAAAGCCGUAGAACUAAAAUUACUCAGACCGUUUCAUCUGGCUUUAAGAAGCAAAAUGAGUUCAUUCUAUAGGGGGAUGCAAAACCCAUGCUGUUACAACAGUACAGCAAAAGUGCAAGUCAGCCAUCCUGUUUAUUGCCCUUGAAUGGGGGAAAAAAUGCUUUUCUUUUACCAGUUCUGUAAAUGCUGAAUAUAGAUAAGAACAUCAGGGCAGUCUGAUAAAUUAAUGUUUUCUACCAGGCUUGAGAACCAGCCAGGUGCACAGAUAAAACAGGAACCCAUGCACACUUCAGCGCUACACUUCAAUGAACACAGCAAAGCAGGGCGAGGAUAACCGCAAGGAAGCUGCAAUAAAUACAGCGGGGAACCUUUAUAAGGGGGCGCAGUGCUGGAGAGUAAUGCUCAUUGUUAAGCUGCAGGGUGUCUAAGGGAAUGAAGGCCGUUGCUGGUCGAUGGGAGCUGUCAUCGCAGAUUUGGCACUGGGAUAUGAAAAUGCACACGCUUGUGUAUAUAUAUAGGAGGACCGAAGCGUAGAAGAGCAGUCCUGUGCAGCAGAAACUCAAGAUGGGAUCGUGGGGUAUGGUCGUGUGUCUGGCUUUCGCCCUCUGUGUGGGAACUGCAUCAGCUGCCACGCUAGGUGCGGUGUUAACCGAAGGGGGUAUGGUCGAGGGGACCAGUAUAAAGUUGGGAUUCCGAAAACAUAUGGACGUCUUCAAAGGGAUUCCCUUCGCAGCCCCGCCAGGGCGGUUCGAGAUCGCUAAACCUCACCCGGGAUGGAGUGGGGUGCUGAAGGCCAUGGAGUUCAAGAAGCGGUGCAUGCAAAUGACUCUGACCCAGUCUUCCACACGGGGCAGCGAGGACUGUCUCUACCUGAACAUCUGGGUGCCCCAUGGGGCAGAAGUGUCCACUGGGCUGCCAGUCAUGGUUUACCUCUACGGGGGAGCCUUCCUUGUGGGGGGUUCUCAGGGGGCUAACUUCUUGGAUAACUACCUGUACAGCGGCGAGGAGAUCGUGCAGCGUGGGAAUGUCAUCGUGGUGUCACUCAACUACCGCGUCGGGACCCUGGGCUUCCUCAGCACUGGAGACGCCAACGGGCCCGGUAACUACGGUCUGUGGGACCAGCACAUGGGCAUCGCCUGGGUCCACCGCAACAUCAAGGCCUUCGGAGGGGACCCCGACAACAUCACCCUCUUCGGAGAGUCAGCAGGGAGCGCUAGCGUCAACUUCCAGAUCCUCACGCCGUACAACAAAGGGUUGGUCCGCAGGGCUAUCUCUCAGAGCGGGGUAGCGCUGAGCCCCUGGGCCCUCUCGAAAGACCCCCUCUACUGGGCAAAACAGAUUGCGCAGAAGGUGGGCUGUCCCAUUGACAGUACGGCCAGUAUGAUGGGCUGCCUGAAGAUCACUGACCCUGUGGCCCUCACUUUGGCCGGGAACCUGAAGCUGUUCAACUUAGAUGAGCCUGUGGUGUACGGGUUAGGGUUGGCCCCGGUGGUGGAUGGGGAUUUCUUACCAGAGCACCCCAGCAAUCUGUUCCACAACGCUGCGGAGGUGGACUACAUCGCCGGCACCAAUGACAUGGACGGGCACUUAUUCGCAGGAUUAGACAUCCCCUCCGUCAACGAGCGCUGGACCGCAACCACCCCGGAGGACCUGUACGGCCUGCUGAAGGGGCUGACGAAGGAGAAGGGGGAGCUGGCCGCCAACAGCUCGUACGCUGUGUACACCCAGAGCUGGGGGGCCGAGCCCACCAGCGAGACCAUCAAGAAGACGGUGGUGGAGUUGGAGACCGACUUCCUGUUCCUGGUUCCGACACAGGCCGCUGCACACCUGCACCUCAAAAACUCAAAGGGCGGGCGGACGUACUCGUACGUCUUCAGCGUGCCAUCUCGUAACCCCUUCUUCCCCAGCUGGAUGGGGGCGGACCACGCGGAGGACCUGCAGUACGUCUUCGGGAAGCCCUUCACCACCCCGCUGGCGUACUUCCCCCGGCACAGGGACGUCUCCGGGUACCUCAUCGCCUACUGGACCAACUUUGCCUGGACCGGCAACCCCAGUGAAGGAGGGUCAAAGGUCCCCAGCGCCUGGCCAGCCUACACCAAGGUCAAGCAGCAGUACCUGGAGAUCAACACCAAGAUCACAGCCAGCUCGGUGAAGGAGAAUCUGAGGAACCCCUUCAUGAAGUAUUGGGGCGAGACCUUCAGGAGCCUGCCGACUGUGCAAUCCGAGACCCCCGCUAUCUGAGACCUGCUGUACACCCCGGACCCCAGAACAGCGCUGGGCUCUGCAGCAAACCAGUGGGGAGCGCUCUUAUGAGAUACUGAAGCCACUGUCAGCACAGAGCGAAUUUAAUUAUUAUUAUUAUUUUUUUUAAAUCUGGUACAAUUAGUAGAGACUAAUCAUUGAAAAUGUAGGAAAAUGGGAAUAUAGCGAUUUUUUUUCUUUUUGGUACCUUAUUAUGGAGUUUGUUUUAUUGCCAACUUUGCUGUACAAUAAAAUAGUAUUGUAGCCUCUGAUGCAUUCAAAGGAUGUGAUAAGGCAGUUCAUUUUCUCUUUUUUUUUUAAUGCACAUGUCCCGGGUUAACGAUAACCAAGAAGGCGGCAGUGAUUCUGCAGAGCUGUUGUGUAGAACUGCUGAAGUGAGAGAACAUAAAUAUUCUAAAUCCAGGGUAAAAUAAGUGGGCACACUAAACUUAUAUGAAAUAAUACUAAUAAUAUUUAGAUCUGCCCCCGUUCAGUUCAUUAACACAGACUCUCUCAGUAGCUUGAAAUGAGUUCCAUUUGUCGUUUUCUGGACCACAAACUCCCAGCCACAGCACUGCACAGCACCCUGCAGAUUUUUAUUACAGGUUUUUUUUCCCCAAACAUAAUAUCCAUUGCCUUAAAGGUACAGGCAGUCGCUCUAAUAUACAAAAGACUUUACAAGAAAAGACAAGGGGGAAAAAAAGCAUUUUAAACUGGAACAGAACUCACAACUGGUGUGUUAUAAACUUCAUAUAUAUAUAUAUUAAUUUAUAAUUUCAUAGGAAAGAAAACAAAAAAAAUAUACAAUGCUACACGACAACAGCAUGUACAAAUCAAUAAAUACCGCAGGGGGGGGGGGGGGCA